GUGUGUAUGCGUGUGCGUGUGUGAGAACUCUGCUUACGUAGACACACAGUUCAUUCCGUAAACAAGUGAUGCACAAGCGGCGCCAGAAGCAUCAACGAAUCUGUUGUGAGUCAGGAUAUGGAGGCCCUGAGCGUCACAGGAAGCUGCAGCAGGGUGACAUACAUAAGGAUCGCACAGGAAGACUUCAGUGUGUCUUCAGCCAGCCCCCAUAAACAGCUGCGAAAACAGCGGUCUUCAUGAGAACACAGAGGAGGAGGGAACGCGGUCGUUCUGACUGAUCAGCAGCCCUCAGCACCAGCGUCUUUCCAUUCUGAGAACCAACUGGAAUCUACUAGUUGAUAGUUCACUGCUUCUGGAGAAUUGUCAUUUCUGCGCCACAUUUUCACCAAUUACAACAACAUUGUAAAACGAAGACCUUUCGCAUAAGAAAGGAGUCAAAGAACAUGGGCACCUGUCCCAUCAGAUGUCGAUCAAACCUCACAAUCCUUGAGAAUCCACCUGAGCGGGAAAUAGAAUCCAACCAGGAAAGCAUCAUCGUGUCCCUCUACGACUACCCAUCGUUUGGUCCCAACGACUUAACCAUGUGUAUGGGGGAGAGACUCACCGUCAUGUCAGAUGAUGGCGAUUUUAUGAUGGUGAGAUCCUCGACCACGGGCCGCGACAGCUAUGUUCCCACCAACUACACGGCCAAAGUGACAAGCAGGUGGCUGUUCACGGGCAUCAGCAGGUUGAAGGCCGUGGAGCUGCUCAUGCACUCUAAUAACCAGACCGGCGCCUUCCUCAUCCGAGACUCAGAGACAAACAGAGAUUGUUACUCGCUUUCUAUUCUGAAGAGAGCCAACUCCUCGUACCUGGACUGCGUGAAGCACUACCGCAUCACAAUCCUCCAAAAUGGCUGGGUCUACAUAUCCCCAGGACUUACCUUCGCCUGCCUGCAUGACCUGGUGGGACACUAUUCAGAGGUUGCAGACGGAUUGAUCUGCCGGCUGACAGCGCCUUGCUUCAUCCACGGUUUGGACAAUGCUAGAGAGGCCAGGCCGGUGCCUACAGCUAUUAGGAGGCCGACCCUUAACUGGAAGGACAUUAGCAGGUCGGUGAUCUUCAGAAGGAAGCGAACAGAGUCGGACAACUCUCUGGUGAGCGAGGGCCUGAGGGACGCCAUCACCUCCUACCUGCAAAUGACAGAAGGCAACGAUCACAGCUGGGACACCUGAUGAAAAAAAAAACAGGAGAUCAGUCUGAAAUAAAAGCACGACGUAGGGCACAAAGAUGGUCAAGUACCGUCCUGCCUCCCCUGCAAUUUAGACAAGCCGCCAGAAGAUGUCGUCUGUGGCGUGGACCUGCGGUGGCAGGACGGCUGACACACUACAAGCUGUAUAUCAUACUGUACAUCGGCAGCAGCACGUUGUUUCUGUGUGAAAGACACAAGUAGGAGCUGUGAGCUAAAAACUAAAAGUCACUCAACUUGGUUUGGAUGACUGCCUUUAUCUCUGUAUUUAUAACCUAACUGGGCCAUUUGAAUGUAAUAAUAUGUGAGUCUUUUCUAUGUUAAUUAUACAGUGAUAUCCUAUUGGAAUCCAAUAAAAUAUGUCGCGUAAAUCUUCAAA